UUUUUCGCUUAGACAAAGUGCACUGCGGAAUUUGGCCAAUGCUCCAAAACAUGGCCUAGCAACCAACCACCCUCUCAGAAAGUCAACAUUGCCGUCCGAGAACUUCUUCUUUAUCAUCUCUAAAAAUACAUAAAUAUAUAUUUCUAUUUACAGAGCUCGUUCCAAAGUUGCUGGCGAUAUUUUGUUUUAUCAAAUACAUAAAUAUAUAUUCUAAUACUUUGUUUGAUCAAAUACCCAUUAUUUUUAUCCAGCGAAUGAAAGAGAUGGCUCUCAUCUGCAUCAGCCACGAAAUCGUGAGCGUUAUUGACGAAGUCAUCCUAAGAAAGAUACCACCGUUCACACGGUGUCGGUACUCAAUUUCAAACUCUUCUUUAUUGCUUCUUGCAACCCAAGUUAAUAUUCAACCCUACUGUGGAGUACUCGGAUACUACAACAAUUCCCAGUGUUGGGUACACGGAAAAAUUUGAGACUUCUGAUGUUGUUUGCGUUAUUGGGAUGUAUCCGUCAAGAGCUUGGGCGUAUGGAUUUUUUAUUGUUUCAUGGUCUUCACUACUUAUCGGACUAAUCGGAGCACAGCAUCUCGUUACCAACCCUAUAGAAGUGACAGCAUUGCGGGCCAUCAAGACAAGUUUGAUUGAUCCAAAUAAGAAUCUGAAUAAUUGGGAUCAAGGAGACCCAUGUACAUCAAAUUGGACAGGGGUUGUCUGCCACAAUGCUACAUUUUCAGAUGAUGGUCAUCUACAUGUUGACCGAUUGCAACUACUAAAAAUGAAUUUGUCAGGAAGUUUAUCACCAGAGCUUGGCCGCAUAUCGUAUAUGACAAUAUUGGAUUUUAUGUGGAACAACAUAAGUGGGAGUAUACCAAAGGAGAUAGGCAAUAUUACGUCUUUGGAACUCUUGCUUUUGAAUGGAAACCAAUUAACCGGUCCUUUACCUGAAGAGCUCGGAUCUCUUGCAAACUUGAACAGAAUACAAAUUGACCAGAAUCGCAUAUCAGGACCAAUACCUAUAUCAUUUUCAAACUUGACCAAAGCGAUGCACUUUCACAUGAACAACAAUUCAAUUAGUGGGCAAAUUCCGCCUGAACUAUCUAAAUUACCAAGACUUGUUCACUUCCUUGUUGAUAAUAACAACUUAUCAGGUUACCUUCCACCGGAGUUCUCCAAACUGCCAAAUUUACUGAUACUUCAACUUGAUAACAAUCACUUUGAUAGGACUACAAUUCCCUCUUCUUACAGCAACAUGUCUAAAUUGCUGAAGUUGAGCCUUAGGAACUGCAACUUGCAUGGACCUAUUCCUGAUUUGAGCCAAAUACCAAACCUUUAUUAUCUAGAUCUCAGUUCAAAUCAGCUAAACGGAUCCAUACCUCAAAAUUGGCUUUCUGAGAAUAUCACAACCAUCUAUUUAUCCAACAACAAUCUUACUGGAACGGUUCCUUCCAACUUUUCGGGUCUCCUUCGUCUUCAGAAACUGUCAAUCGCGAACAAUGCAUUGAGUGGUUCUGUUCCAUCCACCAUUUGGCAAAAUCGGACUUUGAGCGGAAUGGAAAGCCUUAAAGUGAAGCUGCAGAAUAAUAAGCUUUCCAAUAUUACAGGAAGCACUAGUGUUCCUCCAAAUGUGACUGUCUGGCUUCAAGGGAAUCCCUUAUGCUCAAAUACCAACCUAGAACAGUUUUGUGGAUCUGAAAGUGAGGAUGAAAAUUACAGCCAGAAUUCAACAAAUGCCAUUUUUAAUUGUCCAGGGUGCCCACCCCCUUAUGAAUAUUUGCCUACAUCUCCUGUACCUUGUUUCUGUGCUGCCCCUCUACUUGUUGGAUAUCGGUUGAAAAGUCCUGGAUUCAUAGAUUUUCGUCCCUACAGAUAUGCAUUUGAGAACUUCUUGACAUCUGCACUUGAGUUAUUUCCUUAUCAACUGUACAUUGAUUCCUUUUCCUGGGAAGAAGGACCUCGACUGAGAAUGUACCUGAAAAUAUUUCCUGUGUUUGAUGAAAAUGUCAAGAAUUCUCAUAUCUUCAAUGGGAGUGAGGUUUGGCGAAUUAGGAAAUUGUUCAUAUCCUGGAAAAUUCAUGAUCCUGACGCAUUUGGACCUUAUGAAGUUCUUAACUUCACUCUACUGGACGUUUAUAACGAUGUGAUUACCACCCCUCCAAGGUCUGCUUUAAGCACGGGUGCAUUGGCUGGCAUAGUAUUGGGGACCAUUGCAGGUGCAGUUGCAUUGUCUGCAAUUGUUUCUCUCCUGAUACUAAGAGCGCAUACGAGGAAGUACCAUGCAGUUUCUAGAAGACGUCCUGCAUCCAAGGCCUUCAUGAAAAUUGAUGGUGUGAAGGAUUUCACUUAUAGAGAAAUGGCUAUGGCUACAAAAAAUUUUAACAGCUCCUCUGAGAUUGGCCAAGGAGGGUAUGGAAAGGUUUAUAAAGGCAUUCUGGCUGAUGGUACAGUUGUUGCCAUAAAACGUGCCCAAGAGGGAUCCUUACAGGGUGAAAAGGAGUUCUUAACAGAGAUAGAACUGUUGUCAAGGUUACAUCAUCGAAACCUUGUAUCUUUGAUUGGAUAUUGUGAUGAAGGUGGUGAACAGAUGUUGGUCUAUGAUUUUAUGUCAAAUGGUACUCUAAGGGAUCACCUUUCUGCCAAGUCUAAAGAACCUCUUAGUUUUGCUAUGAGAUUGAGAAUUUCCUUGGGAUCUGCUAAGGGCAUCCUCUACCUACAUACGGAAGCUAACCCUCCAAUAUUUCACCGGGAUAUCAAGGCCAGCAACAUAUUAUUGGACUCUAAGUAUACGGCUAAAGUUGCCGAUUUUGGACUUUCGCGACUUGCCCCAAUUCCAAAUAUUGAAGGGAUUGUGCCUGCUCAUAUAUCUACCGUUGUAAAGGGAACUCCAGGUUACCUAGAUCCGGACUACUUCUUAACUCAUAAACUCACGAACAAAAGUGAUGUUUAUAGUCUUGGUGUUGUAUUUCUCGAACUCCUAACUGGGAUGCGGCCGAUCACACAUGGCAAAAACAUUGUUAGAGAGAUUCAAGUAAAAGCAUACUUUGCAAACAAAAAAAAGUGCCCCAUUAAGUCAAGCCAAAGUUGGAACUCCUUGCAUACAGUUAAUGUCGCAUAUCAAUCUGGUAAGAUCUUUUCGGUUAUUGAUGAGGGAAUGGGAUCUUGUCCUUCUGAAUGUUUGGUGAUAUUCGCAACUUUGGCCCUCAAGUGUUGCCAAAAUGAGGCAGAUGAACGACCUUCAAUGGCAGAGGUGGUCCGAGAACUUGAACGUAUAUGGCUUAUGAUGCCCGAGUCCGACAUCAGAAUAGCAGACCCCAUGGGCAUUGAUGCUGAAAAAGUAGCGACUCCACUAUCAUCAUCUUCUGGACUGAAGAAUUCUUCUAUGUGGUCAGAUGCAUCUGGGAGCAACCUUGUUAGUGGAGACAUUUCAAGUAUCACGCCUAGAUAGAAAACAUUUUCAUUGUGAACUUGGUUUUUGAUUUUGUUUGUAGUCUUCUCACUCUUUGUUUUGGAAAAGUUAUUGUAGAUGAUAUGAUAAUGUUGCUAUAGAAACCGAUAUUGAACUUUGAAGUAAACAGAGCUAUUGAUAGUAAAGUACAAUUGAUAGGAUAUAUAUAAGUUUAUGGAGUAUAUGUUGUCUGA